CACAGCCCUCAUGACAACGGUUAUAACGGUGGUCCGCAGCCCAACCGCAGUCCUUCUUUCUCAAUGCUGCAUUACUUAACUUACAGGUUGGAGGGCAGUUCGCGGAGAAGUGCUUCCUGAUAUACAACAACUCUAAUAGAUCUUUGCUAACCUGUGUACUUCUAGGAAUAUGAUGAACAUUCUGUCCUGAUACAGAUGGUUUUUUCUCUCAACCGGACGGACAUGUGCUGUCAAUGUUGAGGUUGUGACGCGCAGUGAACGUUUGAACUAUGCCUCAAUGCACUGCAUGCGAGUAGUUGAGUUAUGAAAAGUUGAGAUGGGUUGACAACCUUCCAAAGAUUGUUACAGGGCGUUCCUGUAUCUCCCAACCUUCCUGUGCAACGCGUUUCCGCGAAUCUGAUAGGUCCAUCGACAACGACGUUGACAGCGCAGUAACACACCAUGCCAAGCCUCCCCAAGUUUGAAAUCAGGAUUGUUCAGAUGUUUUCCAAGACUGCGGUGAGAUUGUCUGUUAGGUACCAAUACUAUCCAUGGCCACCAUAGCCCGCGGUAACCGUGAUAGUUGUCAUCUGAGUUUGGUUCGAUAAUUCAUUCAAUUUCAGGCAGAAGGUGUUCCUACACCUGUGACCUCUAGCCAUAUGGCCGCUGAACUCUGCUCACGGAACUAGGAUGCGUAUACGCAUGGCAAGGAAAUACCCGGUGCGCCUUCGUACCAAAGGGUCCGCACGUUCACAACUUUCGGCGUCAACGGUCAAGAUCAAUCUUCUCUCGAUUGAAAAUCAAACUAUCAAACUCCUUGGGCUGUUCAAGGACCGUCAAGAUGCGAUCUCGGUUCUCAUGAUGAGUUAAUAAUAUGAGGGGGGAAAGAUUUAUAAACCGUCGUGUUUUACAAGGGUUUCUUCAAGAUUAGAACAUUGUUCUUCUCUCCUUCUUGAGGCACGCUGCGAGCUGCGUAAAGAACCUCGGAGAUGCUUCGUUCGUUCGUUAUCCUCGUCGCCCUCAUAGCUGCUGUAGUGGCCUCACCUACGCCAGAGAAGCGGCAGUCUAUCACUAUCCUUUCAAGCUCCCAAGUUGCCAGCUUCAAACCGUACACGUUUUACGCGUCCGCAGCUUACUGCAACCCGGCGAAUACACUGGCUUGGAACUGCGGAGCAAACUGUCAAGCUAAUCCCACAUUCAAGCCUGUUGCGUCUGGAGGAGACGGGGAUUCCGUACAAUUUUGGUACGUGGGCUACGAUCCGACCCUCGCGACCGUCAUUGUCGGCCACCAGGGAACUGACUUCUCCAAGCUCGAUGCUAUAUUAACCGAUGCCAAUUUUUUCCUCGAAAAUCUCAAUCCAUCACUGUUCCCCGGCGUUCCAUCUUCAGUCCAAGUCCAUAAUGGAUUCGCGGACGAGCACGCAAAAACGGCAACUCAGGUUCUUACAGCCGUACAGCAGGCAUUGUCAGCGAACUCUGCCAAUCAAGUGACGGUUGUGGGACACUCACUUGGCGCUGCACUAGCUCUUCUUGACGCGGUGUAUCUACGACUCCAACUACCGUCCAGUACGAACGUCAAGAUGAUUAACUAUGCCUCUCCUCGGGUCGGAAACCCAGACUUUGCUAACUACGUUGACUCUCAUGUGCCGAUAACCCAUAUCACCAAUAAAAAGGACAUCGUACCGAUUCUCCCAGGUCGAUUCUUGGGUUUCGCUCACCCUAACGGGGAGGUACAUAUAAAGGAAGACAACACUUGGGCUUCGUGUCCCGGUCACGACAAUACCGAUAAACAAUGCAUAGUGGGAGACGUUCCGAAUAUAUUCGUAGGCGACCCCGGUGACCACUCUGGGCCGUACGAUGGUGUUGAUAUGGGCUGUUGAAUGAAAUCUUAGAUAUGGCCUGUAAUAGUCCAAAUCCAUAACUCUGAAGCAUGUAUUGGGAUGCGGAAAUGCUGUUCAGUUUCCGAAGGCCUUGUGCAGCAGUAUAUCCGGCAUCAAUCGGCCGUUUUUUGUGCUUUUUCAAUCUAUUCCUUAAUUCCAUUUCUGGAUGGAAAAAA